AUGGUCUCCGCACGCUCGCUCACGCCGCUCGCCCUGCUGGUGCUGGUCGCCGCCGCCGCCGCCGCGCCGCCGCCGCGCGCGCUCGUCCGCCGCACACGCCAGCUCGCCGCAGACGACGCCUUGCAGCCGCUCGAGGACGCGGCCGGCGACGAGCAGACCAGGGAGAAGCGCAAGCUGGAGGGCGUCACGCAGGCCAAGUUCGGCAUCAAGAACGCCGUGCUCGGCUUCGUGUUCGGGAAAAUCAACUCGCUGAUCGACGCCAAGACGAGGUUUGUGGAUACGCUCGACCGACAGAACAUCGAGCUGAACAAGCAGUACGGCAUCGAGGCGCCGCAGAAUGGGCUUGCGUCGCUGGGCGGCAUCGUGGGCCAGGUCAUCGGACCCAAACUGCAGCUGUUGGGGCCUAAGAUCCAGGCGGUGACCGGGCUGCUGGGCGGCGCCUCCGGAGGCAGCAGCGGCGGCGGUGGACAAGGUGGGAGCGGGCUCGGCUCCAUACUGUCGCUGGUGACGUCACUGUCGGGCUCGUCAUCGGGCGGCGCGGCCGCCGGCGGCACCGUCGAGACCGUGGACUCCUCGGAGGAGGACGACUCGUGAGCGCCGCGCGCACCGCCCCCCCCCCCCCGCCCCGUCCCGACCCGUCCUCUGGUUCGCCUGUACAGUCCGCGGAUCUCCUCCCGUCCCCUCUUGCCCUGUGAGCCCUGUGUCCAGUGCGAGCGGCGCCCGCGCCGUCACCACUUCGAUUUGUAUUUAUAUUGUAAAUAGGUUUUAGGUGAGCGUUGGUGAUAUUAAAUGUUUGCUCGAAACUUGUUGUUUUACUGCACGCAGCACCGCAUGGCUCACCGUGUCUGUAGCACAGCGGGCGCCGCCGACGUCGGCUUGCUCCGGUGUGGUCGCACAUCGUACUGCAUGCUGUAGCUGUAGGUCGCGGCGCGCUCCCUGUCGCCUGCGCAGGAGACAUGCGAGUCGGCCGCGACGUCCUAGAAAUAUAAGUUAUAGCUUUAUGUUGCCCAAAUCUUGCCAAUACGUAGUUCUUUUGUGAUAGAGCCCAGAUCCCGCCGUUUCCCUCUCUAGUCAGUCCUGUCCUAAUGUCCGUAUCUAGUCGCCUCUUGUCCUUAGCUUUAUUUCUCAGUCAUUCAUGUUUUAAAGAGCAAUAUGAGUGCAAUACCUCUUAAAUGUGUGCAUGUGUUGAGUGGUGUUGCUUCACCGGCACAAGGCCGCACGCACGCGCGCCUCGCCGCGACCUCUGCCGCGCUGCGGUUAAGCAACAUUACAUAUGAAUAUUUGUAUUUCUUUGUAACCAAAUGCACAAUAAAACAGGCACAUUGUGUAAAAACAUUUAUUUUUAUGUAGAUAUCAGAUCAUGUUGGCCAUUGCAUGUCUGUUGUCUGUUGUACAGUAGCCAGGUGUCCGCAGUGCGCGUUGUUGUUGUGUUAGCCACGUGUUGCCUGAGGAUGCUGCAGCAGGUCUCCGGGCGCCGGCGGCUGCACCUCACUUACGUGUCACAUUACCUAACGCUUGCGCUUGUUUUGUUCAUUUAUCUUGUCGAUUAUUUACAGCACCUGUACAUCCAACAGGCGAUAGGUAACAUCGCGUCUGCGGUAUGCAUUUGCAAUGGGCUCGUAACUGCGACAGCGUUUCUGAGCCCCAUGAUAAUAUCCUGAAAAGCUAAUAGGCUUUAUAACCGCACAAAUUAUAAUUAAUCGAGUUAACAUCGAGUUGACAAUAACCUCCGGAUUGUUUAUGAUUAACGGAACUAAAAUCAUUGACCUGGCUCUGUAGAUAAAUAUUUGUGUCUUGUUUUCUUGCUUCUUAUUUUGAAUAGAAGAUGAGUUCAGUAUAGAUUCGCAUUGACCGCGGUGUUUCCUGGUAGUCGUCGGGUGAUGCUCGAGGAAGCUCCUUUAGGCCGCCAGACAUGCAGCAUCACAAGUUGUCAUUGUAAAUAACUUGUACAGACUGAAGAUAUUUUCGGUGACGGUAUCAGCAGGGCGCGGCGCUCAGUAAGUGAUUUGAUUGUCAAAUACUCUGCGUUCCGCCUCCGCGGCAUAGAAUAGUACGCACACUAGUCGUAGCCCGUAGCCUUGCGUAGCCUCACGUAGCCUCACGUAGCGCAGCACCGUAGCGUGCUCGCACACUAGCACUCACACAUACCCACCACUGUCACUUGACAUUACCCUACAAGAUCUGUCGCAUGAAUCAAAGAGCUCUGGCGAUAGCUCUGAAAAGUGAUAUAUUUAUGUAAACGUUUUGUAACAAAUGCCUUUCAAAUAAAUUUAAUUUAUCAAACUACUAAUUGUAUAUCUAUUAACCUUUUAACUUUUACUCUUCCCGUCGAUUUAUUAUUAUUAUUAUAUUCUAGAACCAUUGAUAUUCAUGAGUAACUUAUGAUGCCUGAAGAAGGUUAUUUAACAUAUAUGUACGUAGGAGCACAUCACAUCAAACGUUCGUGAGUUUAUGUUUUGCCAGUACGUAUGUGACACAUAAUGAUGACACGUCGGGGACACAUUUCGUAUCUCACAACACACCACAAGAAGCGAGGUGAGUGCAGGCGAGGCUCGGCGCGCGGCCACCAUGCUCAGAGCCGCUUGCCCGCAGAGUGGGUCUACGUGGAGGCGCCGGGCGGGGGCGGCGCGGGAGGCGCGGGGGGCGCGGGAGGCGAGGGACAGCCCAUUGUGGUGGCGCCGCUCGGAGCGUACGCGCUCGAGCCGGCGCCGGCGCCAGGCCGCCACCGACAUCCCGGUGUUCGACCGGAACAAGGUCAGCCUGGACCUGCCGGGCAACUUGUUUGGCCCCUCGGUGUCCCUCCUCAUCCGUACCACUAAGAUCAUCGGGGACGUCAUCCAGAACUCUGCGGUGCGCUAUCAGACGUUCUUGCGUUUGUUCCGGCCAUUGUUCCGGGGCCCCUUUGAGAUCAAAGGCCUGGACCCCCCUACCACCACCACCACCACCACGACCACCACCACGACGACUGCUCGGCCGGCCGCCGCUGCCGAUAACGAGGUCCGCCGGCGCUGAGCCACUGUCGCCCGACUGGCGCACAUCUGACGUCACCUAGAUCUUAUUUAAAAUAAUAUUAAAUCACGAGCGCACCGAUAUCAUAAUAUAUACUAAAGCCAUCGCAACUCGAUAAGACUGUUGUAGUUUGUAUCCGUAGGAGUCACGAACGCGUGUGCGUUCAUGUUAUCAGUAGCCCGACGUCAGCGCGCGGGGAACUCCCGCCUUGGGCAAUAACUGUUACAUUUAUGUCUAGGAGAGCCCUCACCACUGUGAGACUCCGCACGCUUUGGUCGUAGCGGUUCUCUUUCAUUUGAAAUAUACGAUUACAUUUCAAACA